CGAGCGGAAGUGGGAGCUGCCAGGAACCGGUUUCCACAUAUCUGGCUCCCUGCCUGGCCUUAAACUUGCUCUGUGGUAGAGGAUGACCUUGAACUUCUGAUCUUCCUGUCUCCACCUCCUGAGUGCUACACAUACGAGGUGUGUGGUGGACGUUCAAGCUUCAGUGCUGUCUGGCCUUUGUGGAGGCAGGUCCCCACCCUGCAGCUGCAGGAGGGCACAUCACCUCAUUAGAGCACAAGCCACUGAGGCUCAGAGGCCCCCAUCACUCUCAUCUCUCAGGAAAUUAGAAGGAUGGAAGCUGUGUGAGGAACAGAGAACUGAGACCACACAGACACUGCUCAUUGUGUUCACAGCAGGACAGACGCCACAGUGCACCCGUGUGGCCUGGCCUGGCCUGGCCUGGCCUGGCCUGGCCUGGCCUGGCCUUGCCCAGCCUUUCCACUUUCAGGGCCAUGGUACCUACCAGACUUGUGUUGGCAAGGACUUGCACUGUAUUUGAGAGUGUUUUGAAAUGGGCUCCAUCCACAUGGGCUAUCCUCAGGCCCAGCCAGCUUCUUCCUCUGCAAGCCUCAUGCAGAUUGCUCUCUGUGGGCAUUGUAGACCACGCUAAGCACCGGGAGCCUUCUGGGAAGAAGCCACUGUCAGAGAAGAAACUGAAAAGGCAUUUCGUGGAUCACCGGAGAGUGUUGGUCCGUGGAGGAAGUGGAGGCUCUGGCAUGAGCUGCUUCCACAGUGAGCCCCGCAAGGAGUUUGGAGGCCCUGAUGGUGGGGAUGGAGGAAAUGGUGGACACAUCAUCCUGAGAGUUGACCAGCAAGUCAAGUCCUUGUCCUCAGUCUUGUCCCAGUAUCAGGGUUUCAGUGGAGAAGAUGGUGGCAGUAAAAACUGCUCUGGACGAGGCGGUGCCACCCUCUACAUCCAGGUCCCUGUGGGUACCUUGGUGAAAGAAGGAGACAAGAUUGUGGCUGACCUAUCUAACCAGGGAGACGAGUAUGUGGCUGCUCUCGGGGGUGCAGGAGGAAAGGGCAAUCGCUUCUUUCUGGCCAAUGACAACCGGGCCCCUGUAACUUGCACACCUGGAGAACCGGGUCAGGAGCGGGUCCUCUACUUGGAACUCAAGACAAUGGCUCACGCUGGGAUGGUUGGCUUCCCAAAUGCUGGGAAAUCUUCUCUCCUUCGAGCCAUUUCAAAUGCAAAACCUGCUGUAGCUUCCUACCCGUUCACCACCUUGAACCCUCAUGUGGGGAUCGUUCACUAUGAAGGCCACCAACAGGUAGCAGUGGCAGACAUCCCAGGCAUCAUCCGAGGUGCACACCAGAACAAGGGCCUGGGCUUCAGCUUCCUCAGGCAUAUCGAGCGUUGUCACUUCUUCCUGUUUGUGGUAGAUCUUUCCUUGCCUGAGCCAUGGACUCAGGUUGAUGAUUUAAAAUAUGAACUAGAGAAGUAUGAAGAAGGCCUGUCAGAGAGGUCCCACGUGGUCAUUGCAAAUAAGAUUGAUCUCCCGCAGGCCAGAGCCCACCUGCCUCAGCUCCAGGCCCGCCUCGGACAGGAGGUCAUAGCCCUGUCAGCGCUGACUGGGGAGAACCUGGAGCAGCUGCUUCUACACCUGAAGGAGCUGCAUGAUGCCCACAUAGAGGCCGAGCUGGAGCAGGGCCACCAGCCUCUCAGGUGGUAGUGGGCACAGGGCUGUGUGCCCUAGGGCCAGCGUGGAACAGGGGUGGGCCAGCAAGAAGCAAAAGCAACCCUUUUGUAAAAACUGCAGGCCAUAUUCAACUCCUGAGACUAAGUACUUGCAAAUACAUGAACGUGUCAGUGUCUUUGUUUUCCCGCAAAUUUGGGGCAUCCUCCCAAAGUGCCCCCUGCCCUCUGGCCAGGGCAAUGGAGUAUUCUGUGCCACCUGGUACCUGAAUUGCUCCCUGUGCUUGGUGCGCCUGUCACCCUUGCUGACUGGUUUGCUGGAGUUGACUCAUUUGUGCUAAUUAACACCUCAUUAGUAGGAGGACAGUGCUGCUGGCUGAAGGUGGCAAACUGCUGCCAGGCGGCUGAGGCAAACACAGCUGAACAGCAGCGCCAUGGCUGAGCUGCUCACGCAUGGCAGGGUUUGUGGCCCUCGAGUUCCUUGUGUGAUUGGGUCUGUCUACAGUCCUGCAGAGCAGCAGGGCCUCACACCAGCCUCUGUGCCACCAUGUCAGGGAAGCAGGGUGCAGUGGCUAUACUUUGUUCUCCAGUGCCAGCUGACUGAGAAUAGUGCGGCCCGGCUCCUUCCCUUUUCUUCCCAGAACGCUGAGCUCUGUGGGGGCCGAACACCAAGGCAGCCUUGAGCUUCACGACUGAAUGCACCCAAUAUCCGACCAGGCACGCACACAGCCUCUGGCUGUGCCUCAAGGAUGCACCAGCCGGUUGUCAACCAGAGGAGAUGUGAACCUUAAAUGCUGGCAGUGUUUGUGAUACGUGGGCACAGCUCAGCAGGAUGUAUGGAAGAACGGCCAGAGACCUGUCCCCGGAGGCGGGGACUGCCACCACUCUGCCCACCACACCUACCUGAACCCGUGAGUCAGUACCAGCCUUUUUUGCCAGGUGGGACCACUUGCCCCUCCAGACACUGCCCUAUGGAAAGUGACCCAGGUGGUAAGGACUGGGGACCAUAUGUCCCAGAUAUUCCCCAGGGAAGUAUGGCCCUGAGGACCCUCAGAAGUACUAUGAGGAGACAAGUGGAAACAAGAGGGCUCAUCUUUUGGGGAGACCCCUACCCUAGAGUGAGGCUAGCCAUGCUUCUGGCACAUAGGCAGGGCAGGUCACUCUGUUGGGUGGGGCUGCUAAAACAGCAAACCUGCCCUCAGCUUUCAGAAGCAAUUCCGUUUUGAUCUGCAGCUGGAACACAGGGUCCUUUUCCGGGAAGCUUUAUUCUAAUGUCUUAUAAUUUCAAAGGUCCUGGCGUACUGGAGGCCAGGGCGCGUCUCGUGUCUGUGGCUUUUCUCUUUCAGGCCAAUGCAAAGGGUUUUGUAGUCAAGCCAGGCCUGAGAGCAUUAAUUAUCCACCCCUGGCUUUCAUCUUUGUGGCUGCUGUGCUCUGGAGACCUCAGAAUGCCUCCCUAGGGCCUGGAGACCUAGGGGUGGGCUGGUUCCUCGGAGCUGCUGUAUAUCCUGGGAGCCACCAGCAGUCCUUGACUGGGGACUCGGUCCCACUGGCUGCUGAGGUCCAGCUUUGCUGAUACCAGGGCCAUGCCACAGAGGGUCACCCUGGAGCUGCCCCAGGAGGGGUGCUUCUGAAACUGGCUUCCCUCCCAGCUUGUGUUUUUGGAGAGAAGAAAAGUUGACUUGGUCACUCCAGAUGAGUGUUUGCUCAUUUAAGGUCUAGUUAUUGCUGCCUACACAUAGUGCACACGUGUAGGGGAGACACCUGUACACAACGUAAGCAGCAAAAGGGGCUGGAGUGGCAGCUCAGCCGUUAAGGGCACUGGCUACCCUUUGAGAGGCCCUGAGUUCAACUCCCAUCACCCACGUGGCAACUGACAGCAUCUAUAACUCCAGU